AUGACAAAUAUAGCUAGGGAACUCCUAAAAAAGCAAUUUCUAGAAUUAACACGAGAUCAUAACGCCGGUUUUUCCGUCGGACUAGUAGACGACACAAAUUUCUUUGAAUGGAACGUGUGCUUUGAGGGCCCUAAAAAUACUCUAUAUGAAGGAGGUAUAUACAAUGCUACCCUCUCAUUUCCUUCGGAUUUUCCGAACCAUCCACCUCAAAUGAAAUUCACUCAAGAAAUGUGGCAUCCAAAUGUUUUUCCCGAUGGAAGAGUAUGCAUAAGUAUAUUGCAUCCCCCUGGAGUUGACAUAUACAAUGAACAAGAGAAGCCAGAAGAGAGAUGGAGACCAAUAUGGUCAGUUGAAGGUAUUUUAAUUAGUGUAAUUUCAAUGUUAAAUGAACCCAAUCUAGAAUCCCCUGCUAAUGUAGAUGCCGCGGUACAAUUAAAAAACAAUCUAAACGAGUACAAAAGGAAAGUUAGAGCUCUUGCUCGAAUGUGCUAA